AUGAUAUUGUUUACACUUAUUUCCCGUGUCGCUGACGGUCUCCCCUUAGUCGCUUCUGUGAAGGAGGAUGAAGAGGUAGAAGUUUUUAACUGGGUCUUCGUUUUACACUGUGUCAUUUUUGUUUACUCUUUUUCAUCUGCCAAAGUUGUCACAUUGUUUGAAAAAGAUACCCAAAUAAUGCUUAAGCAUUUUUCAUGUUGUAGAGUGAGUAGGAAGAUUUAUGUGUCUGCAUAUACAGUUUUACAUCGGCGAAGUAUUUAUUGGUUCUGAUAGUUUUUGUGUCCUUUGGGGAGCAUAGCAUACAUAACAAUGAUUAUGUAUGCAUUUCUUUACUUUGUUAGUAUUUAUCAGAGCCAUUUGAGACCCAGGUCACGCAAAUAUUCCUCUUGUCGAUUCACCUUCUGUAUAUGUUUGGCCCUGAAUGGCUCCUUAAUAGGUUUCUGUCUUGUAUUUACGUAAAUAGGGUUCCAUGUUCUCUCGGGUUUCUCGUCAGUGUGAUAGGCGAUGGGAGGUAAUCGUGAGAGGUUGAAGUCGGACAGAGGCUCACGACUGACAGUUGGUUGGCAACGUAUGCUGGCACCUAGUCGAUUACACAGCACAUUUGCCAGCGAUGACCUAGCUAUAUGCUAGGGAAUCGCUGUCGGAAAUUUCAACGUACACCUUCAUUCGUUAUUUACAUUCGUAGUAGACGUGUUUUUCAUUGCUGGGGUAUGAACGAUCGUCAUGUUUAAAAAUAAUUUUUUACUUUACGCGGCGGCCGUUGGCCUACGGCAGACGGUAGUAGCGUUUUCGUUUAGCUGCGGGAACUUAUUCAUUCAUUCCAGAGGCGCUUGACUGCGUGAUCAUACAGACAUUUACAUGCCGCGAGUAUUGCAGCUUUUGAAGGCUUGGUGUAGGAAUAGCACUGUCUGUUUGAAAUUCCGGUUAAUAAUUAACCAAGUAACUCCUAUUUACCUCGUUUCCCAUGCAAAUUUGUUCAAUUAUUAUGUCGACUUUCUUGUAGUUCAUCCAAAUAAGAUCGGUUAUUUCAUUUGAAAAAUGGCUUACUUCUUGCCAUUUCUGCGGUCUUUCCUACAGACUAAACAGUACUGUUGUAGAUGAUGGAGAAAUUAUUUUCCUUAAGCUGUCCUUGUACCCCGCUGGGAAAUUACAGCUAGAGUGAUUGAAACUCACCUUUAUACAUGCUUUCCAACCUCUUAAACAUCAGUAAUAACCUAAGAUAUUCAUAGGAGAACUUAUAUUCUACACAAAUAAUGAUGAGAAUUUUAAAAAUCCGUAAAUUCAUUAUCUUCUUAGUUGGUGUUUUUCAAAAAACGACCGUACUCGAUAGUGAUGCUACUAUGGUCCUCCUUCAUGCAAACAAAAUAUCUUUCCCCUGCUACGAAGUCCAGGUAUCAUGUGAUUAAGCACUAAAUGCGUGUCCCAACUGACCGUAUUCGGUAGUGGUGACCGGACGGUACGGAUCUGCGUUCUGAUUCAGGUAGUAGGAGCGGUCUAUAGACAUCUUCGAAAACCUGCAAAAUCGUGCGGGCGAUGUUGCUUCCGACAACGAUGCUAUCAAUGCUCUGCCCGCUGGGCAGCAGUUUGGCCUCGGAAUAUCUGAAACUGACCACUCCUUCAAGUUGAUUUCCAAAAUAGGAAUUGGCGCAAUGUUCGUGUCAUAGAUGUGCUUGAGAAGAAUUUUGCUUUUGCUGCGUCGGUUGAUGAGCCAGCUGAUUUAGUACCCUCCACCACUGUAGCAAGACGAUAUCGGCGGCCUAGUAGACCUGUAAGUCCUAUGCCUAAAAAACCCCACACAAAUCACAAUAGUGACGUAGCUAGCUCCAUUAUCUGUCAUAGUCGAGUCAGCAAAGCUGAUUAUCUUCGGUCCCUGGUACCAUGUUUGAAUUGGAUGGUUCCGUGAUGCUAGUGUUCAGUUGGUUCAUUCAUGUUCAGCUCGGAAUCCAGGUUGGUUAGGUCUUGUCUUUGCAUGACGCUCACUUUGUAAUAUUCGAAGAACUACGACGACAGUCAUCGGUAAAAACUCGAUUCCAGGGUGAAUUUUAGUCGCACCGUGUAUCGGGGGUCCGCCUAAGUGUCGAUACAAGAUCCCAGAUGGGAUUCUGUAUCUUCCAGCGUCCUGCUAUGUGGUCUCAGUAUUGUACUAAUUAUUCAUUUCAGGUAAGAGGAAUAACACAAGAUCCCGUAGACCCAGGAAGAAUGAAACUCUGCCCUUGAUGGGGAGUAAUUCCUGAUUGGCCAUCGAAAUUUUGAAAUUGUCCCAAUUACUCACGUCGGCUCUUGAUCUUGUUUGAAUUGUGAAUGCUAAAUCCUCCAUCCGCAUUAAGCAUCGAGCCAAUCAGUUUACCAGACAGAACACUGACUUGGCUAAUAAAUGCAUAUAUCUUCAAGUUCUGCGUAUCUUUUGAGUCUGUUUACUUGAUGUCGACAGUUUGAUCCUAGCUGGUUUUAUCGUCGUCUUGCCUAUCUGCCGAGAGAUAUCAUCAUUGCGCAAUCUAACUUGAACUCUCCUAACAGAGUUCGAGGGCAUUUAAACUAACUUGCUAAUUGUGGCGUUGCUGGAUUAAUACAAGACUCCCCUUUCGAUUCGAGCCGCAGAGCGAGACCGGAUUUCUACGUCUGGAAGUUCGACUGUCGUAAUUUUAAGAUGUCAAGGAUCGCCAUCUGGCUCACAGUAUCAAGUUACACCGUUUAAAUGGUAUUAUUUAUGGGAUUGUCCCGAGGGGAUACAUUGAUAUUAUACGUGAUUCGAAAAACCUAGUUUACCGCAUUUCUGAUUCUUUUGCUUGUCUGGAUCUGCUCGUAGUCAGUGACAUUGCACACACCCUCCUGGCUGACUUGAGGCCAAACCUUUGGAGUUAUACGCUAAUGUAAUACUUUUCGAAUGACCUGCUCUCCAGCUCAGCAGAAACCUCGUCGAAUAUCAGCACCAGGCAAAACUGUUAAUUCGUCGUCUGACCCCUGGAUCUCCGUCGCGAUGCUCCUUGUUGGCCGGUUCCCAUCAUUUCCAUUACCUUCUGGAGGCCGGUGUCUGCUACCUUAUCCUAGCCUCUGCCAACUUCCCGCGUCAGAAGGCAUUUUCCUUCUUGGAAGAAGUACAGACCCAGUUUUCAAAUCAGUAUGCGAAUGAAAUCUUUACUGUUUCCCGGCCCUACGGCUUUAUUGAAUUUGGUAGGCCUUCAAUUUAGUUUUUACGACGGAAUUAUAGAUAGAGACCUUCAAAAACUGCAACAGAAGUACACUGACACUCGCGUUUCUUCGAACGUUUCGCAGCUGAACGUCGCCCUGCAAGAUGUGCAGAGAAUUAUGAUUCAAAACAUUGAUGACGUGCUAAAACGUGGGGAGGCCUUAUCGGGUAAGUUUUAAUUUCGACCUGCGCACUACCAGCUCUUUUGACCUAUACAUACCGACGCCGGCACCAUAAUUGGCGUGUUCCAAAGGGUUGAGACCUCGUGGCCGGAGCGACCGGCGAACACUCCGUGGAAGAGAGUGGGCCGAUAUUUCAAAGAGCACAGAAAAUCCAAUUACCGUAAAAGAUACAGCUAUCUGUACGCCGUUUUCGGAGGUUUACUUGUAGUGCUAUGAUGAGAGCACGGAGUACACUACGCAUGCGGACGUUUUCAACUGAUGUCUGGAAUGCCAAGUACGAGAAUUCGGAGGAAAUUCGUCUUAAGGACUAAAAGACAGCACACUAGUUUUAGUCCUUCUUACCCGCCUAGGCGACUCUGAAGACCACUGGCUUUUCUCAGCAGGUGUUUGCUGCAACUAGUCACCACAGCAAACCCUAACCUUAAAUCUUAACCGUUAACCCUAACGGCAACCCUAACCGAAAUCGUAAACGUAACCGUAGCCCUCAGACAUAGCCGUAAUUGAAAAACCUAACCGUAAUACUGAAACCUAAUCGUACGCUCAAACCCUAACCGUAACCCGAAAACCGAAGCCGUAAGGCAUAACCGUAACCCGAAAAUCGGAAACCAUUAACCGGUCCCCUAAUCCUAACCUCAAACGUAAAACGGAAGCCAAAUGGGUCAGAUGUCAUUAUGGAACCCCACCAAAUAGCCCCAGUAAGCAACCCCCCCCUCCCCAGCCACCUGUAAUAUGGGCCUGGCUACCAACUGCGAUCUAACCGCGUCGGAUGCCAUUAACUGCGUCCUCGAGUCUCACCCACGUGUUCCGCUCUUCUCAGUCUUUUCUCGCCGCCCGGCUUUAUCGGUGAAUUCCGCGUCUGCUGGCAUGUUUCCCAACAGGAAUUUGGACUCAGUGGGCGUAGAGUACUGCACAAUGUUAUAUAUUAUAAUCAAGUAAAUAAGAGGUAUGACAGUCUUGUCGAGCGUCGUUAGUAGUGUUAUCUACUGGAAAUACCAUCCUAUUAUGUAUAGUUACCUUACAACAGGCCGCGCGGAAGAUUGCUGGCUAACGAGGCGGCCAGAUUAGGGCACGGCACGCGUCAGCCUAACUGCGCAGGAUCCACGCAUCCCAUGACAAAUGUCACACAUGGGAAAAUGUGGUGUCGCGCCUAGGCGCAGGCCCACGCAACUCCAUCUACUUGCACCAAAUUCUAGCAUCAGGUGGAUCGCCUGCCUGCUAGUGCGUGAGAGAGGGAAUUGAGAGUGCGACUGACUACGGGACUGCGUCCCCACGGCACUUCAGCGCAUUCCUCACCGUAAAAAAAACCAGUGUGCUCUGAAGCUAUCACAAUGCGCAGAAAGUCGUUGCCUCCAAUUGACAGGAUAACUCGACUUCCUCAGGCUGGAGAGUUAGGCGGCAAUGAUUCCUUCUGAAUGUGGCCUCUAUAACACUCUCACCCAGGAGGAAUCUGGGUCCUCCCUCUCUGUUUCCUUGAAAACACGGUCCAGUGUGUGUGCGGCACGCGUAGUCGGGUCGUCUAGCAAUAUCACUCACUUGUCCCACAGUGCCCAGGGGGUUAAAACAGGGGAAGUGCGACGGAUGUUGCACAUGUCUGCUAUCACUGUACACUAAUUCACAUGUAAGUCCUGCGUCCACCACGCUAUCCUACACGGUUAAACUGGUGAAGCUACUCACGUUUGCCUGGAUAAGCGUCUGUGGCUUUAGGAUGUUUAAAUAAGUUCCUACGCACAGUCUUCUCAUGAAGGCAUUUCCCCAAGGCGUUUUUCUCUACUAUUUCAGAGAACAUCUCCAAGUCCGGUAAGACUACUUGAACACCGCGUCAGAUGUGCGGGCAGUCGCCAGUAAGCCACCCACGUGAUCAGCUGGUUGACUAUUUCCGCUGAUAAAAUCACUGUCAAAAGCACACCUGGUAUUGGGGCGUCGCUCCUAUUGGAAGAAACUCGAGGGGCACACUGCCGGUGCCUUCUGAUUAAAGUUUUGCCUGUCGAAGACAGCGGUCGUUGGGAGCCAACUGAAGUGCUCUACCAAACUGUCUACAUGAGCGAUUCCCAUGAUAUAAUUGACGCUAUAUUCAUAUCCUACGGUGUGCCUAAUGGAAAGGUACAUGGUGUGACGUUCCUCUUUGAGAAACGUGUUUCUACCACUUCAGCUCUCAUAGCUUAUCUUUUUUUCAGUGACUGUUCUGAACUAAGCAUCCGUCGGGCAAUAUCAGAUCUGCACCUUCUGGUGUAAAUAUAGUCUAUUGUCGACCGGAAAUCAACUCCUGGGAUAUUCUUGACAAGGGUUGCGCUGGCACAAAUGGUGGAUUAUCUGGCGUCAGAGCCGACGACAUCACAACCCAUUACAAAUCAUACCCAUUGAUCGUUGUCUAGUUGGAGUUUUAUUGUAGAAUAUCGAAGUCAGUCGGGACCCAGCAUCCUCUUGAGAACUAACUUCGUCGGAUUUGACUGUCUCUGCUUGGCCGUUGUGACGGCGGCCCCAAACGAAGUAGGUGCUUAGGGAUAUAACUUCGUGGAUGAGCUCUCCGUGCGCGCACUUAAAUCAUCUGAGACGGAGAUCAUCUACGGUAUCACCAGCCUGUGCCUCCAAUCAUUAUUGCCGCAUCCAAGACAUUGUAAAUGAACUGAAACGUAACAUUGCCUGAAAUCAUCAGUUCCAGGGCAUCUCUAUCUUUCUCAGGUCAGCAGCGCGUAGAGAUCAAGUUCCGCCACCACAGAGCAGGAUGUUUCGGAUUGUGGCCUUGUACGCACACGUGUUUAUCUUUCACCAAACACCGCAGCGGGACGAAAAACCUGCCAGGAGUCAGCUGAACAUGUUGCGCUCCAUCUAAACACCACAAGACCCUCAUCCCUCAAGUUAGCAGACAGUUUGGUUCAAGGCUCUUUAACAACAAUGGUGGGGACGCUCACCGAUCGUUCUUACGGAACUCACUCGUUCCGUUGUGCCUUACGGGCUGUCUUUGGAGCCCAACCAGCAGCUGCACAGCGGCGCAUGAUAUAGACGGAAUGAUAUUACCGAACUGAACUAAUUCGAGCAUGGUCAUUGCCUCAGCCAGUGCUUCAAAAGAAACGGUCCUCCCGGUCCAAGUCGUGUCGUCCAAAACACGACGACGACCAUCAGCACAUCAGUUGGCCAGUUUAGGCCAAGACGCUUUCGCUACAGUGUCUCAUUUGCUCUUACUUGGCUAAACCCUUCUUUACGCACAAAUUCGCCGACGUUGGAAUGACGCCCUGAUUACUUUCACGUGACUUCAUCUGUUAGCCAGAGAUUUCUUUCACGUAGCCGCUGCGCUGAACGGAGGUUUGAGGGGUCACAUACGAGACCUGGACACCGUGUAGUUAGAAUGGAACGGAUCCACCAUGCAAAUAGGCCCUUGGUUAGACUGCCAAUCCAUCAAAGUGCUGAGGCCUUCCUGGGCACCCCAUAUACUCCGUCUGUAAAGCACUGAUGUUUUAUUGUCCUACGAUUUACGCAAAGCAUGGCUUGCCCCCUAAGUAACGCCGUGUCUCCUACCAACACCCAUCGCCCUGUACUUAACGUCCACAAUUCUCGAAGAACUACCCAACAGUGUCACAACCACUAGCCAACUAUGCCCGAGUUUUGAACAGACCGCUCAAGCUGUCAUCCAAGUACUUCUUUAGGAUCUAUUUUCAAUCUCGAAUGGGGUUGCGCUCUUUUUCCCUGGACUGCAGUGGUUCGGGGUCUACCCAAACAGGCUUAAUGAGUGCACAAAAAAUGCUAAGGCAGUGUGAUCCUCCCUACUUUUUCUCUGGUCCAUUUCUGGGUACCUGCCCAUAACACUGUGCUUUUUAAGGACCAACGGAUGGGGUCCCAUCGCCCCUCUUCCUCAUGACUCGUCUAAAACUAAUACCUUUUCAUAAUUUCAGAAUUGGAUGCGCAGGCCAAUGAUCUUUCAGCCCUCUCUCGCAACUACCGGCAGGACGCAAAUGCCCUCAACCUUCAGUCAGCCUACACAAAGUACCUAAUCAUAAUUGGGGUCGUCCUAAUAGUACUCUCAUUUUUGUACUUUCGAUUUUUGUGGUGA